CAUUCCUCGCCUUCGAUUAGAGACAGGCAUUGCAGCGUUUUUGAAGAGACGGAGAAGCGGCAUCGAUCGUUGAGCAGCUCGUUGAUCAUACUGCAUAUCUUAUUGUGCAUCACUUUUCAAUCCUGAGAAAUUAUGAGGAGUUCCAUCUUCCUCGCCCUUUGUGGGCUGUCGGCGACAUUUGCCGUUCCUUUGGAGAAGAAGGCCGACUAUGCCAUCAAAGAUUCACACUUUGUUCCGAGUCAAUGGAAGAAGCUCGGAAAAGCACAUCCAAGUCACACAAUCAGCCUCCGCAUUGGCGUGAAGCAGGGCAACUUCAAGGAACUCGAAAGACAGCUCCUCGAAGUCAGCGACCCAGAACACCACCUCUACGGCAAGCACUUGUCCCAGGACGAUGUCACCUCCCUCGUUGCACCCUCUCAGCAAGCUCUCGGAGCUGUGCACGAUUGGCUUGAAGACAACAACAUCCGCUUGGAUCAAGUCCGCUACACACCGGCGAAGGACUGGGUGAUCGUCAACCUGCCAGUGACCGAAGUCGAGGAUCUGCUUGACACCGAAUACCACGUCUAUGGGAACGAUGCCGGCAGCCGCAUCGUGCGAACACCAGAGUACAGCUUGCCCAAGUGGCUCCACGAACACAUCGACACCAUUCAACCUACAAACUACUUCAGCGAUCCGAAAGCCAUGGCCAAGCUGCCAUUUGGACUGGAAGAUCAAGGCUUGACUUUCCAGGAAGCCACUGUCAGCGCCGACUCCACCAACCUGGAGACUUACGGUGGCAACGACGCAGCUGCCGUGUGCAACACUUCCGCCGUUUCCAGUCUUUGCCUCCGCACGCUGUACAGGACCGUCGACUACACACCUAAAGUACCCCACUUGAACUACGUCGGCACGACCAACUACCUCAACGAGACUGCCAACUACUCUGAUUUCCACAUCUACAUGUCCCAGCAGAGGAAGGACGCGGACUCGAAGUACCAGUACUCUUACCAGAUUGUGGACAACGGUAUCAACUUCCAGGGAUUGGAGACUGAAUUCUACGGCGAGAGAGAUGUUGAGGCCAACUUGGACGUUCAGACCGUCGGAGGCAUUGCCUACCCUACUCGUUUCACCACCUACUCUACCGGCGGCUCUCCUCCUUUCACUCCAGAUCUCGCUACCCCAACAAACACGAACGAGCCCUACCUGACCUGGGUGAACUACGUUCUCUCGCAGCCCUCCGUUCCUUUCACCAUCUCGACCUCCUACGGUGACGAUGAGCAGUCCGUCCCAAAGAGCUACGCCCAGCGUGUCUGCGCUGAGUUCGCCGCCCUGGGAGCUCGUGGUUCCACUCUCCUUUUCUCCUCCGGCGACAACGGCGUCGGCAAGAACGGCACCUGCCUCUCCAACGACGGCAAAAACACCCCCAAGUUCCAACCGUCCUUCCCAGCCUCGUGUCCAUACGUCACCACCGUCGGCGGAACCAAGAACAUCAACCCCGAAGAAGUCGCCUACCGCGUGCGCAACGGCUACGUGGCCGGCGGCGGUGUCUCCAACUACUUCCCCCAACCAUUGUACCAAAAGUCCGCCGUCAAAAAGUACCUCGCGAGCAUCGGCAAUCUCCACAAGGGACUGUACAACCCCAACGGACGGGCGUACCCGGAUAUCUCGGCUCAGGGGUACGGAUUCGUGGUCGUCUACGGAGGGAAGAAUACUCUCGUCGACGGAACCAGUGCUUCGUCGCCGGCGGCUGCUGGAAUCCUCACCAACGUCAACGAUGCUCUCAUCGCUGCUGGUCGUCCUCCUCUUGGAUUCAUGAACCCGUGGCUCUACAGCCGAGCUGGCAAGGGUUUCAACGAUAUCACCGUUGGCAACAUUUGGGGUUGUAACACAUCUGGUUUCCCGGCGAAGGAUGGUUGGGAUUUGGCGACUGGAUAUGGCACGCCUGAUUUCAAGAACAUUCGCGCCGCUCUUGGUGUGUAG